AUGGAGGGAAACUCUAAGUUUUACGAGGGCUGCGGUCAGGAGGGCCCAAUUCGAUGUAUAUUUUUGUGUGAAUUCCAUCCAACAGCCGGGCCAAGAAUUACUUGCCAAGUCCCCGAGAACUAUAUUUCUAAAGAGAUUUUUGAUACUGUCAGUCAUUAUAUCAUACCAAAGGUGCAAUUGCAAAGAUGCACCCUCACCGUUACACUUUUGGGUUCAAAAAUCCUUGGUUUUCCAGUCAGGAUUGACAAUAAAAAGUAUGCCCGCAAUGCAUAUUACUUUAACCUGUGUUUUGUGUGUGAUGCCUGGGCCCGAACAGUGCACUUGGAACCACUUGUCAAGAAACUUACAGAAUAUUUGUUAUCAAUGGAAUUAGAAACGGAAUGGCUAUCAAAGCAAUCAUUAUCUGGAGAUGCCAAAGAGCUGAAUGGACUCAUGCGGCAGGUUAUGCAAGAUAUAAACUCUAGACGAAUGUGCACAUUAACUGUUGGAACGACGACCACUCACCUUACGGUAGUACGAGUGAACACUGAUCCAGCACCAGUAAAAGAUCACCAAGUACCCGUAUUCCUGUAUAGUCGCCAGUCUUUUGUAGCAGACCAGUGGGACCUCACGACAAACCAGCGAUUUCGACGAAACCUGGUGUUCUCUAAGACCUACAACGCACUAGCGGCUGGCCGCAAUGAGGUGUGCCGCUGCGGCAGGCCGCACAUCGAUUAUUACAUGAAACCGCAUGAUAACAACGCACUGACUUGCGGACAACCGUCAACCGCUCCGGUUGAUCUGGAGCUGCGGCGAGCCGCACCGGUUGAAUGA